AUGCCCGGCAUGCGACGACGCUCGACUCUCCGAUCCGUCGGAGAAGAGGUGAACUCGAGUUCAUCCCAAUCUGUCGCGACCGAUGCUCCCGAAAACAUGAGUACCGAUGAACAGCAGCCCGAUGCCGACCGGUCAACCCCCUCGCCGGAGCCUCGACCCGCGGCUCCGGCGCGGGCGCCGACUAACGCGACGAGCGCCAGUGCAGCAAGGAAGCCGCCUCCGAAGCCCAAUCUGAUGACCAGACUCGGUCUCGAUGUGCCAACCGUCAUGAUGAUGUUCAAGGGCUCAUUACCACCGAUCAUUGGUAUCAGCAUCUACCAAUCGACACCAGUUGCGCAAUACUUCACCACCCUGGGCUACCUUGUACCCAUUAUCUCAGUCCUCGCUCUCGCUAUUCUCCCGAGAGGAAAGUACCUACAGAAUUUGGUCCUCAAUGUGUCGGGAAUCUGCAUCGGUGCCGCAAUCUCCAUGCUGGCCCUGUGGACUGGUGUCCGAGCGCGACACAACACCGCAACAGCCGAAGAGUUGGCCACCGGCUUGCCCAUCUACAACUCGAGUCAAUCAGCUGUUUGUGGCAUCUGGCUCUUUUUUAACAUUUGGAUCUCCAACACGCUGCGUGCAAAGUAUCCGGCUAUGAACCUACCUGUCAUGAUUUACUCCAUCUUCAUGAACGUGGCGUGCACCUUUGGGCCGCUUAUGGUGACAGACGCGUCCGCAGAGUCAUUUGUGAGACGACUUCUGGUGGCUAUGCUCUCUGCCAUGGGCAUCGCUACCGGCGUCGCUCUCGUCAUCUUCCCGGUAUCCAGCCGAAAGGUUGUCAGUGCUGAAUUCAAGGGCGCGAUCGGGUUGGUCAGGAAGUCAAUUAGACUUCAAUUGAACUACCUGCAGGUUCUGUCCAGCGAUGACAUGUUGGAACGCGAGCCAACGAGAGCAAGCAGCGCUUUCAGGAAGAAGCCGAAGGGCCCCGAGAUGACGAAGGAGGCCAGGGCUGCGGGAGAAUUGAAGGGUACUGCUUUAGCUAUCUCGGCUCUGUUCGGAAAGAUGCAUGGAGACAUGGUCUUUGCGAAGAGAGAUAUUGCGUACGGAAAGUUGGAUGCCAAGGACAUGAGCGAGAUCUUCAACCGCCUGCGGAGCAUUAUGAUCCCACUGAAUGGAAUCAGCACUAUUGUCGACAUUUUCAGGCGGGCGGCUGAGAAGCAUGGAUGGGGUACGAGCGACGAGGGCGGCGACACUGACAUCGAAAAGUCCUUGGAGCAAAAGGUGUGGAACGAUAUAAUGCUGCAACUCUACGAACCAUUCGAAAUUCUCACCGAGGCUAUGGACCAAGGAUUGGAACACGUGGGCAUCGUGCUCGAACUUACACCGAAACCCAAGAAGUCAAAGACCGCCGAUGUCGAAAUGGAGGCUGGGGCGAAGGCCUUGCCCAAGCCAGGCGAGUCUGGGUUUGCACAAGUUCUCGCGGACAAGGUCCAGGACUUUAACGACAAGAAGGGAGAGAUGCUGAAGGCUUGGUUGAAGGAGAGACGCGAGGCUACUGAGCUGGAGCGACAGGAGCUCCACCUCAAGCGAUUGGAGACGAGGAUGAAGGAGCGCGACCAGACACAGCUCUAUGUCAUGCUUUACAUGGAGAAGCUCAUGCUUGCGCUUGGUGAGGCGGUUCAGGACUUGGUCAUGUUUGCUGACUCUAAAGUGGCCGACGGAACCAUGGGCAAGAAGCGCUUGAUCAUCCCCUCCCAAAGGCGCAUCAUGAAGUGGCUGAGGGGAGCAUGCAGCACCCAGGACGGAACGCCAGAGCAGAACCCGGACAUGGCGGACAUGGGUGCGAACGUGGUCUACGCCGGUGAUGGGUACAACAAGAAGAAAGACCCUGAGCAUCUCCCCGCACAUGGCGCAUGGCAACAUUUCGGCAACAGGCUUCGAAAGAUCUCAGCAUUCGUCGGUUCAGGAGAAUCAAUGUUUGGCUUCCGUGUGGCAGUGGCGACGAUGACUGUAGGCAUUCUGGCUUUCCUCAAGGAUACCCAGACCUUCUUCAACGAGCAGCGUCUCGUCUGGGCCAUGAUUAUGAUUGCCAUCGGAAUGACGAUCACUGCAGGCCAGUCCAUCUUUGGCUUCGUGUGCCGUGUUGGCGGAACACUCGUCGCCAUGAUCUUCUCGUACAUCAUCUGGUACAUUGUCGUUGAGAGAACUGCUGGAGUCAUUGUCUUCCUCUGGUUGUUCACAUUCAUCGAACAAUACUUCGUCCUCAAGUACCCCAGGUUCAUGCCCGUAUGGCUCAUUAUGAUCAUCACCCAAGUCCUCAUUAUCGGCUACGAGCUUCAAGUUCAGAAGAUUGGCGAGGUCGCCGCUGCAGCCACCGGACAGCCGUACUACCCGACCUACCUGCUGGCCCCUUACCGUCUUGCCUGUGUCGCUGCAGGAUGUGCCAUCGCAUUCAUCUGGACCGUAUUCCCCUCUCCGAUUACGGAUCGCAGAUGGCUUCGCAUGGACCUCAGCGCUUCGCUCUAUCUGCUCGCCAACUACUUCAGCGUCAUCACCGAGACCAUCAAGGCCACCAUGAACGACACCCAUGGAGACAUCAAGAUGCCGGGAACGCCCGCUCAGAAGAUGGAGAAGGAGAGACGUCGCAUCUUGGGCAAGCUGUUGCUGUUGCUCCCUAGCCUGGACAGCCACGCGCAGUGGCAAAAGUGGGAGCCUGAUAUUGGUGGCAAGUUCCCCAGGGCGACCUACGAAGACAUCAUCAGACGUUCUACGAGCAUCAUGCGCUAUCUGACACUGAUCGCGUACACCAUUACCUGGAAACCUCGCGAUAGACCAUCUACCGCCUCAUCAGCGAGCGAUCGUCAGUGGCUCCGUGCCUUGAACCAAGUCCUCGCCGGUAUUGAGCCAACACAGCACACAAUCCUCUCCACUCUCACCCUGCUCUCGAAUUCUUUGCUCUCGGGCCAGUCUCUGCCUCCAUUCAUGCAACUCCCACGGCCCAAUGAACUCACUCGAAAGCUUCUCCACCUCCGCGCUCCUGAGCCUGAGCCGCAACCAGGCAUCCAGAGAAGGGGAAGUGAGUUGGAGCACAGGCUGGUCACUGUCCACACGCACACAGGCGAGGAAGUCCGGUCGACGACUCGCAAGCCCAGCGUCACGAGUGACAAUUCAACACUGGCAGGCAUGGCUGAGCUGGCGGAGACGAUAAGCCCGCCAGGCAGCGGAAGCAUUCUCGACGUCAAGAAUGUGGAGCAGCAUGGGUACACAGAGUUUGCGGUGCUGCAGGUGUGCAGCUCGCUUGUAUGCGACGACCUGGAGGGACUGGUUCGUGCGGUCAGCAGUCUGGUUGGCGUAGUGGACUUCAGCUUCAGAGUUAACGCCAGUGAGGCGACCUUGAGUAGCAGUGAGGAGGACGAUGUGACUGGAAAGGCGAAGAGGCAUUAA